AUGCUGCCUCCUCCUCCAGUCCCAGAGGCGCACAACGUGGCGUCUCUGUCCUCCUCGCCAGGCGGAUUCGGUUCGUAUUCUGCAGGCGACGGCGCGCACGCCGCGCACCAGCCGAGGCCGAACGCGGCUUCGCCGCCCGCUUCGACCUUCUUUCGAGACCAAGAGAAUGACUGGAGGCGCCACUCCGCUUCGCUGUCUUUCUGUCUUAAGAGAAUGCAGGAGGCCAGCGCAGCUGCCGAGGACGUGGAGGCGGGAACAGAAGCCUGCGAAGGCGCAGACAUCAGCCUGCGACAAAUGGAAGCAGAGGCCAGAACCGCGCCCAACUCGCAAGCGCUUCUUCAGCUGGUGCGAAAGUACCGCGCAGAGUUCGAGGAGGCUCGCUGCGCCUUCACGCGUCUCGUUCAACAGUGGCAGCGGCAGCAGCUGCUCCAGGGCGCCGGCCUCCACACUCGCAAGGCGUGCUCGGUGGACUUUGCGCCGUCUUCGUCUGCGCCAGCCGCCGCCCACAGAGAAGGCUUUGCUUUUGCUGAGGACGAGGAGGCACUGGUGAUUCACCACGCAGGCGGAAAGCUUCUGAGCGACAGCAAUCGCUUGGCCGUCGAGUCCGAGCACGUGGGACUCGCCGUCAUGGGGCAGCUCCGAUCGCAAAGAGAGUCCAUUCUCACGUCGCGAUCUCUGGCCCAGAAGACUUACGGCGAGCUUCAGCACUCCCGCUCGCUGUUGACUGCGAUGCUGAGGAGAUCCCUAUUCAGUAAGACGGUGCUGGCCGCCAUCAUCGUUUUUCUUUCGCUGGCGAUCAUCUGCGUGUUGAUAGACCGGCUCCUCCGGCUUCUUCGCGCUGCGUGA